ACAGGGCUCGAGCUGUGAAAACGCUCUCGGCAAGUUCGCGGAGUUGUGGCUCAGUGUGUACCAUGGGCGCGAUGGUGAGACCCGUACUGAUUGUUUUAUGUGUUGGGAUUAUGACCCAUGUCGCUUUAGGAGACGAAGGACUAGAUUUAGACCAGAUAGAACGUGAAAAUGUAGCCGCAGGCAGCCGUGAUUGUUACGAUGCCAAUGGAAAGCCACAACGAUGUAUGCCAGUGUUUGUAAAUGCUGCUUACAAUUUAGAUGUGGAAGCUACCAAUACGUGUGGUGUCACCAGGCCCAUAGAAUACUGUCUACAAACGGGUGCUACUCGGGUGAGGAAAUCAUGCCAUACAUGUAACGAUGCGGUCCCAAAUCUUCGGCAUCCUCCCCACUUCAUGACUGACUUCAGCAACGACCAGAAUUGGACAUGGUGGCAAUCAGAGACUAUGUUACAAGGCAUGCAGUACCCUAACCAAGUCAAUCUAACCCUGGACCUCAAAAAAGCCUAUGACAUUACCUAUGUGAGACUGCGUUUCCACUCCCCUCGUCCAGAAAGUUUUGCUAUUUACAAGCGUACCUCCAAGGAAAGCGAGUGGACUCCAUACCAAUUUUACAGUGCAUCUUGCUACAGUACAUACAACUUACCUCGAAGGGCUGUGAUUACCUAUGACAAUGAGGACCAGGCCAUCUGUACUGAUUAUUACAGUGACAUCUCACCACUCACCAGGGCCAGUGUCCCCUUCAGUACCCUAGAGGGCAGGCCAGGUGCCUUUGAGUUUGAAGAAAGUCCAAAGUUGCAGGAAUGGGUCACUGCAACAGACAUCAGGAUUGUAUUGACACGGAUGAACACAUUCGGAGAUGAAGUGUUUGGUGAUCCCCAGGUCCUCAAAUCCUAUUUCUAUGCCAUCUCCGACUUGGCUGUUGGUGCCAGGUGUAAGUGUAAUGGCCAUGCCAGUGCAUGUAACAAGGUGGAGGUAGAUGGAGAAAUUCAGCUGAUCUGUGAGUGUCGGCAUAACACCACUGGUCCGAACUGUGAGCGUUGUCUACCUACCCACAAUGAUCGGCCUUGGGGAAGGGCCACCGAACGAAAUGCACAUGAGUGCCUUCGAUGUGACUGUAACGGCAAGGCUGAUGGUUGUUACUUUGACCCUGACUUGUUUGCCCUGACUGGACAUGGCGGCUAUUGUAUUGACUGUCGCGACAACACAGAUGGACCAAAGUGUGAAAGGUGUAAGGAUAACCAUUACCGACGUCCAGAGGACAAUAUGUGUACUCCCUGUAGCUGUAAUCCUGUAGGCUCUGAAGACCUCCAGUGUGACAGUAUUGGACGAUGUCGGUGUAAACCUGGAGUGACUGGUGAUAAGUGUGACCGCUGCGAAGUUGGACAUUAUGACUUCGGACAGUAUGGCUGCAAACCAUGUGGCUGUAAUGUUGCUGGCAGUCUGGUGGUGGUGAACAACUUCCCUACCUGUAAUCCCUUGGAUGGUAACUGCCAGUGUAAGGAGCUGGUAGAAGGACGCACCUGUGAUAGGUGUAAGAUUGGCUAUUUUAACCUGAACUCUGACAAUGAGUUUGGAUGUACAUCCUGUUUUUGUUAUGGCCAUUCGGAGGAAUGUUCCAGUGCUGCAGGCUACUAUGCUAGGAGUAUCACUUCAGACUUCGAGACAGGCAGACAAAGAUGGACAGCAGGAGAUCGAGCCAACAAUGUCAUAGAAACUUCUUAUGAUGGCAUCCUUCAGAAUAUUGGAGCAUCUUCUGAGGACGACCAGCCUAUCUACUUCCUAGCUCCUGCUCGUUACCUUGGAGACCAGAGAUUCAGCUACAACCAAUACCUAACCUUUGACCUACGUAUCGGUCAGGACCGUCCACGACCACUUGCUGUGGACAUUGUCCUGGAGGGAUCAGGCCAGCGAAUCUCCACUGCGAUCUAUACUCAGUCCAACCCGAUGCCUGGCCUUCAAAGCCAGACCUACGUUUUCCGGCUCCAUCAACACCCUAACUACCAGUGGACCCCACGUCUCCAGCCAAGUGAUUUUAUUGCCAUCCUUUCUAACCUGACGGCCAUAAAAAUCCGUGCCACGUACAGUGAUGGAGGUGUUGGUUUCCUUGACAAUGUGCAUCUGGGCACAGCCAGUCUUGGAUCAAAUGGAGGGGAGGCAGCACCCUGGGUUGAGCAGUGUACCUGUCCAAAGGGAUAUGUUGGCCAGUUCUGCGAGUCCUGUGCGGCUGGCUACAUGAGAUCACCAGCAUUUGGAGGUCCCUUUUCCAGCUGUGUUCCAUGUCAGUGUAACAGCCACUCAGAGAGCUGUGCUCCAGAUUCAGGUCGCUGUAGAUGUGAACACAACACAGAAGGACAGAACUGUGAGAUGUGUAUUAAGGGUUACUAUGGAGAUCCAAGGCAGGGUACAGCAGAAGAUUGUCAGGUGUGUCCAUGUCCAAAUGGAGGCGCAUGUGAACAGCUGCCUGGUGGGGAUGUUUUUUGUACAGAGUGUGAGGAGGGGCAUGGAGGCAACCUGUGUGACAUAUGUUUGGAUGGUUACUAUGGUGAUCCUGCUGGUUUAAAUGGCCUUGCACGUCCUUGUGAAAAGUGUUUCUGUAAUGAAAAUGUGGAUACCAACGCUGUGGGCAACUGUGACAGGACGUCUGGUGAAUGUCUGAAGUGUAUCUAUAACACUGCUGGCUUUAGCUGUGAAAAGUGUCUGCCUAGUUAUUAUGGGAAUGCUCUUGCUGAAGAAAAGGGCGAUUGUCAAGCCUGCAACUGUUACCCACCAGGCACUCUGAACACUGGAGGGCUAUUGUGUGACCCCACCAACGGACAGUGCCCAUGUCUUCCCCAUGUCGUAGGGCGAAAGUGUGACACCUGUGAGGCAGGCUUCUGGAACUUGGACAGUGGAGCAGGGUGCGAGUCCUGCGACUGUCUGCCAAUGGGAUCCCUCAACAGUUCAUGUGAAGUAGGCGGAGGACAGUGUCAGUGUAAGCCUGGAGUGACUGGACGUCGUUGUGACCAGUGUAAACCAUUCUUCUAUGGCUUCUCUGAUUCUGGAUGUACAGCCUGUAACUGUGAUCCAGAGGGUUCCAUCAACCUGCAAUGUGAUAAUCUAGGGAAUUGUGUCUGUCAGACUAACAUUGAGGGCAAGCACUGUGACCGCUGUAUGGAGAAUAAGUACAACCUUACUGCUGGCUGCUUAGAUUGCCCUGCCUGUUACACCUUGGUACAAGAUCGCGUCAACGCUCACCGUGAUAAACUCUCCGAUCUUAACAACCUCAUCCUCAACAUUGGAAACAACCCCAGUGCUUUUAAUGAUACCGAAUUCCUUACCUACAUGAAUCAGGUUAACGACUCAGUCAUCAUGCUGCUGGAUGAAGCCAGGGGAGCAGUCAGUGACAAUGGAACUUUAGGGCAACAGUUGUCUGACCUGAAAAUGGCUGUCCGAGAUGUCCUGGUGAGUGCUGGAACUAUCACAUCCAAUAUCAACUCUGCUGAGCAGUCAUCCCGUGACAGUCAGCAGGAUGUGCAACAAGCACAGGAUGCAAUCAGGCGUGCAGAACAAACCUUACAGGCUGCUGAAACCUACAUCGACAUGGAGGGUCGCAAGGCACUUCAGCAAGCACAGAAUGCCCUCAAUCAGUUCGGCCAGCAGUCUGCUCAGAUGACAGAAGUCGCCAACAAAGCUCGCAAUGAGUCUAUGAAACAAAAGGAGGAAGCAGAAAGGAUUGAAGGUAUUGCCAACAUGGCUCUCAACAUGUCCCUUGAUGCACGUAAUAUGGCUGAGGAAAUCCUGAGGAAGCCAGAUCAGACAAAAGAUGACAUUCAACGCCUUGCUCAGCAAUUUGAGGAGACAGACCGCCUAUAUAACAGGACAAAGUUGUUCGCAGACAAUGUAAAGGAACGUGCCGAAGAAGCCUAUGAUGAAGCUCUGAAACUGUAUGCUGAUGCUACAAAGAUCAAACUCCCCAACAUAGAUGUACCAACUCUCAUAGGAAACACCACACAGAUAAAGGCAGAGGCCAAUGACAUCAAGGAUGAAGCUGAACGUCUUAUCCAACAAAACAAACAGCUCCUUGAUGAUGUGGACAGCCAGAAAGGUGAAGCUAAUUCCCUCCUCAGCAGUGUGAUGGGUAAACAACAUAGAAUUGAUGAGCUGUUGGCAGAGGUGGAUGCUGCUCGAGCCAUGGCGAGGGAGGCUGUGAACAAGGCAGAAAAGACACUCCAAGAGGCUAGCAACACUUUACAGACACUACUGGCCUUUGACAAAGAGGUACAGAACAGCAAAGGUGAGGCAGAUGCAGCCCUUCAGAAAAUCCCAAAGAUACAAGAAGUAAUUGAGGAGGCAGAGAAUAAGACUAAGGAGGCAAGUGAUGCCUUAACUGGAGCCGAGAAUGAUGCCAACAUGGCAUUGUCGCUGGCUCGACAGGCUCAGGAUACAGCACAGAAUGCCUCAGAGGCUGCCAGCAGGAUCCGUGAAGAGGCAGAUGUGACAAAGGACCGUGCUAUGAAUCUCAAGGACGAGGCAGAUCGUCUGGCUGGACAAGUAAACAGUACUGAUGUUAAACUUACCAGUCUGGAGGGUCAAGCUGAUGAGGAUUCUAGACUUAUAGAUGAGGCACUCCAAAAGGCAGCUCAAGCUAAGAAUGAUGCAAAGAAUGUGUCGGAACAGGUGAUCGCUGCACUGGGCACUGUACAGAACAUUUCUCGUCUCCUUGGACAACUUGAUGAUGUUGACAUCGCCAAACUUAAUGCCCUUCAGACUGCACUAGACAAUGCAGAGCAGGAAUUGAUUGAUGCAGAUCUUGAUAAUCAAUACAUGAAACUAGAGAAAGCCAAUGAUGAAAUCAAACGUCUGGUAGCUGAGCACGAGAAUGAUUACAACAUGCUUAAGGAGGAUGUGGACAAUAUAGAACAAAUCAAGCUUUCCUUGCCAGAUGGCUGCUUCAAAAAUAUUGACAUUGAGUCUCCACCUGGCCAGUAAUUACAACAGAUAUUAUAUUCAUGGGUCAGAGGUCAGACAUAAGAAAAUAAGUCCAUGGCUGAUAGGUCAUAUGUGAAAUGUAUGAUAAAGAUUAGAUCAGACAGAUUGUGGUUAGUAUUGAUGGACCACGAUUCUUUAGUCAUGGGAACCUCCUCCAUUUAGACAAUCCGGUGAUAUUUACAGACUGCACAGUUAUCUUUCAGCUUGAAACUUGAAACCAGGAAACAUCCUCUGUUCCAGAAAAUAUCAUCCUCAGCUUAAGGAAACAUUGUCUUUGGCUCAAGGAAAUCUCCACUUUUGUCAAAGAUGAACAUAUUGACUGAGGAAGGACAUUGUCCUAGAACAGUUUUUCCCGUCGUUAAAUCUACGUUAGGUCAUCAAUAUUAACCACAGCAGGUAAAGGGUACGAACAAAUACUCGAGCAAGGACGGUUAUAGAAAUGGUUCGCUUGAGAGCUGAUGUCCUUGUGAGUCUUUCAUCAUAUGAGGUAAUAAGUCUUUGUCAGUGGCGUUUUCUCUGUUAAGUCCUUUAUUUAUGGCCAUUAAUAUAUCUUUACAAGAUAUGUUCUGAUCCAGUGUAACACGAUGUCUGUAAUGUGUGGUGCUGGUGUGUAAGAGUGAUGGCAUUGUAAGUGUUGGUGACAAUGCCAAACUCGCACAAGAUUCAUGUGUCCUUUCUAAUGUGUGAUGUCAUCAUAAACACAACUAAGACUUCUAUGACUUUCAAUAGCAGUUGAAUCUCUAGAUGACUUCUGUAAUGAUAUUUAAGCUUGGUAAAUUAUAUGGAAAUCCAUUUUAUGAUAUUUUAUGAAAAUUUUGUAUAUAUAAAUUUCUAAAUCAAUAUGUUUGUUAAUCAGGAGAGUGAAGAUAUUGAAGAUUUGAGGACCUUAUUUAGAGUGUGACAUGACAUAUGGUAUACCUAAUCUGUAAUUUCUGUUAGUCAAAGGGGUUGUCAUGUUACUUUCACUUUCUUGGUAUUUGUUAUGGUAGGGUUGUGUUUCUUAGUGUUACUGUAGGUUGUUAGCGAUACAUUCGUUGGCUGUGUGAAACCUCCUUGAUAUUACUUUUAUUUACUGCAUUUACAAUUAUCCUGUGAAACCUUCAGACUGGAAAUUCACACUUCAUUGUUGAAAGUUCCAUUCAAUUGAGGGAGGAAAGGAUUUUGUUUCUUUUUUUAAUGGUAAUACUACAAAAUAUUUGGUGAGAAUUAGAAUUCUACUACAAAUGAUUUAGACAUAAAUGCUACAAGACCAAAAUUGAUUGAUAGAUCAUUAGGGAUCCCCCUGCUAAAUAUAGACAGAAAUUGUACAGAUUGGUGGAGAUUCUACUUAAUAAAGAAUGCUAUUUGAUACUAGCUGAAGUGAUGGAUUCUCCUUUUAAUUAUAGAAACUUAUUGGUGUCCGACCAACAACGGCCAUGUGCUGUGAAACAUUGAAAACUUUACCCGACUGCUUGUUCUGUGUAAACUCCACUGUUUAUUUUGUAGUUCUGUUGUCCUAGUAUUUCAUAUGGUGCUAUAUAAAACGUGUAUACAGUUUGUAUUAUUUGUACUGGUUUGACUGUGUUGAGAUACUGACCGUGUUGAUGCUACUGUAUACAACACUUUAUACGGACAUACCUAGACGUCAUGCUCUGUUCUCUUAAGACACUCUUUGUAGUGAUAUCAAAAGUCAUGCUUUUUAUUCAAAUUGUACCAAAGAAACUUGUCCAGUUAUUUUAUAUAUUUAACUUUACAUUAAAUUUAGAAUUUUGUAUCAGAAUUAUGAUGUGUGAUAUUUUAUGUAGAAUUUUUAUCCUGAACAGUUGUAUUUUAUCAUUAGAAUGUCGUGGGUUAUUGUUUUGUUCAGUGUAAAUGAGGGGUGAUGUCGUAAUUUAUACUUUGUGUCCUGAGGACACGGCUACAGCCCUCUAACCACAGCUGCUGUAGUUGUAACUAUAGAGGGUAAAGCUCUCGCAGUCAGAUAAAUGUAUAGGGCAUCUGUAGACUGUAUCGUCCUGACAUCAGUAUCCAGUGUACACAUAUAUUAUCCUGUACAGAUACACAUAUACAAUUGUUACCUGUCUUAUGUACAUAAACAAUUUUAGCUAAACAUCACCUGCUACAAUCGUCGUGAUAGAAAAGAAAAUAUUUUACUUGUCUGGAAUUUUUACUUGACAUUCUAAGUGAUUUUUGUAAAUUUUACCUUGAUAUGCAUAAUGGAUGUUUAAAGUGAAGAACAAAUUGUUGUUCAUAUGGUUUGUCAGUGAUUCAUAUUUAUCAGAACAAUUUCUUGUAGUUUUCUGUUUCUUUUUCAUAGAUGUUUGUAAAAGAAAAAUUAAGAAUUUUCAAACAGCUUUUUUGACAUUUUAUUUGUGCCAAAUGUUUUAGCUAUAAAUGGAGUCAGCUGGCUGAGAUGCAUCUUCAGUUUAAUUGAAUUCGAACCGGACUCUUUUUUUUUUUUUUUUUUAAUAGAAAAUCAUAAAGUUGAUUCGAAUCACACUUGAUUUGGACCAACAAUCGACACAAAUACAGUUGUAGGAUCAAGUUUUAUAGUUUUUACUUAUCUGAAUUGAUUUGAUUUUGAAUAAAAUUUGGUACUGAAGCAAUAUUUCUUUGAUAAUGGCAACAUUUGCUGUAUACACCUUUUCCUUGAAGAACAGGAUAAAACAUAUCAUUUAUUUAUAUACACCUUUGUAUGUUAGGUCAGUCUUGAUAUACUGUUGUAUGUUAUAUAUACACACUCAUAUGUUUAAGACAUACUUAGUUGUGCACUAUUUAACAGUAUUGCUGUACAGUUUGUGUACUCCUAAACUAGCUGUAUGAUGGUGCAUGUUGAAAUGUGUAUGUGUAAUAUGUUUGAACUUGUGUGUGUACACUCUACUUUAUAUGUAUAAAUAGUAGGUGUAUACACACCACUAAAAUGUGUGUGACUUUUAUGAUAUAAUGUGAGUGUACACACUACAAUUCAUUAAUGACAUGUUAUAUACACACAGUGUACCAAUUAAUGGAUAACUCGUUAUAUGUCGCUGUGUACCAUCUAAUUUAUAACUCAUUAUAUAUAAGUAUGUACACAGUGUACCAUUUAAUGUAUAACUUGUUAAAUAUAAAUAUGUACAUGAUGUACCACUUAUUAAAUAACUUGUUAUAUAUAAGGACGUACACAGAGUACCACUUAUUAAAUAACUUGUUAUAUAUAAGGACGUACACAGAGUACCACUUAUUAAAUAACUUGUUAUAUAUAAGGACGUACACAGAGUACCACUUAUUAAAUAACUUGUUAUAUAUAAGGACGUACAAAGAGUACCACUUAUUAAAUAACUUGUUAUAUAUAAGGACAUACAAAGAGUACCACUUAUUGAAUAACUUGUUAUAUAUAAGGACGUACAAAGAGUACCACUUAUUGAAUAACUUGUUAUAUAUAAGGACGUACACAGAGUACCACUUAUUGAAUAACUUGUUAUAUAUAAGGACGUACACAGAGUACCACUUAUUAAAUAACUUGUUAUAUAUAAGGACGUACACAGAAUACCAUUAAUAUGUGUACUGUUCAAUGUAUAACUUAUUAUAUAUUGUAUAAUUUGUUAUAUAUAACAUGUACCAUGUAAUGUUUAACUUGUUACAAACUUGUAUACUUGUACACACCACAUUAAAAUGUAUAACAUACUAUUACUAUAUUUCUGUACAAACUAAGAAAAAAUAUAUAAAUUGCUGGAACUUUUAUUAUGCUUGUUACAGCUUACAUGUGACAGGCCUAAAAACAUGUUGCCAUGCCAAUCUGCAUUAUCUCCCUUAGUAUAAUCCUUAACAAUUGUCCGAGUUUUUCUGCUGUAAAUCAAAUUCAGAACAGUUUUGUAUGUUGUGAACCUAUUAUGGUCCCAAUUUAGCAAUGCUCACUAUGCAGUCUUGUAAAGCCAUUAUCAAAUAAACUUUCCAAAUAAAAUUUU